AUCACCAGUCGCUAUGGCGCUGUCUGCGGCACUGUUACGCAACUCUACUCCCGCUAGUUGCUCGCGUCGUUGCCAGCCCACGUUUCCAUGUGUACCGGGCGUUGGAGCGCGUGCGCGGCGGGUCACUUGCGCUGCUACAGCAACUGAGACUAAUAACUAUGUCCUAGCGAACGGUAUCGUAGACUACUAUGAGGUUCUCGGUGUUGAUGACGACGCGCCUGCCGAGGAGAUUAAAAAAGCAUACCGGAGCCUGGCAAAGGAGUGCCACCCCGAUUACCUGGGUGACCGGGGGCACAACAUAUGCAUUUUACUUAACGAGGCAUACCAGGUCCUGUCAGAUCCAGAGCAGCGCCAGAAGUACAAUGCUAAAUUGGAGCAAGCGUUGCUGGACGAAGAUGACAAGUACACGGGGCAAGCAUUGAGCCGCUGGAUGCCAACGGUGAAGCCCGCCAUGGCGAAGAACGAGGACCCGGCUGAACGGCGGGCGGUGUUCGUGGACGAGUUCACGUGCAUUGGCUGCAAGCAGUGCGUCUGGUGCGCGCCAGCCACGUUCCGUAUCGAGCAGGAGCAUGGCCGGUCGCGGGUGUUCGCGCAGUGGCUCGAUACGGAGGAUAACCUGCAGGCGGCGAUCGACGGCUGCCCGGUGAGCUGCAUCCAUUGGGUGGAUCGGGCGGAUCUUCCAGCGCUCGAGUUUGUGAUGCAGCACAGGAUGACCACCCGGGUGAAUGUGGGGGUGAUGAUGGCCGGGCAGGGGGCACAGUUGGACGUGUUUGCGGCGACGGCGUCUUUCCUGAAGGAGCGCCGCCGGAAGGAGGAGGCGCGUGCACGAGCAAACAAGUAUUACAGUCCGCAGCAGGAGGAGGCGCGCAGACGCGCUGCGCAGGAGCUGGCCAAGCAGCACCUGGGGUUCUUUGCGCAGUUCACCAGCGCCUUCGAGACCGCCUUCGCGGGCAUGAACCAGGUGGUGUCCACUGGCCAGGACACGGAGGAACUCAAGCAGGUGGGUCGCCGUAAGCGGUCCCAGCGGGCUCGUUGGGACUGGCUGGAGCAGCAGCGGGCUCGGGGCGGCUGGAUGGUACCUCCGGAGCGAGCUCUGGUUCCCAUCAGCGUGUAUGCCGAGUCCCUAACGGAGUGA